CUGGUACAUAAAAUUUCAACAUGGCUCUGAACAAGUUCCAAUCUGGCAUCACUGACAAUAGAUCUCCAAUGCACCCAAAUCGGACCUCAAAGUCAUGCUUCUCCCUUGAAGACAACAAACCGGCAUUAGGCUUUCUCAACCAUUUAUCCUCUCGGAAUCAACGGGAGAUACUUCCAAAAGCUAAUACACAGGACGAUAUUACAUCAUCAAGUGUCGUAUUAACCAGUGGAAACAACCUAAUGGGAAACGGUCCUACUCCUCAAAGCGGGAAGAAUUGCUCUUCCAAGCCAGAUUCGUAAGGAUUCCAGACUAGAGUGGGUUUGGGUUUGGAUGAUUUAGUGGGUUUGGGUUUGUAAAUUCAUUUUGAUGAACUUCACCCCUCCAACUUUUAAUUUUUUCAAUUGAGUCCUUUUUCUCGUGUUCUUUACCAUCCUCCUCGCGAAAUCCCUUUUUUUUUUUUACCCAUAAACCUAACAAUAGAAG